CGCGCGCACUGGAACGCAUUACUGUAUAAACAAACAAAGCGAGAGCCUAUAAGAAACUCGUGCAUCAGCUCAACCAACAUUGAUGCAGUGAAUUGAUCAUGAUGCGAACAUCCAAGUCAUUUCGUACAGCUCUUGUAGCAUUGUGUAAGUAUAGCUUCAUAUAUAGUUCUGUCAGCUGACGGUCCCUAUAUUCAACAGUGAUAUGCCGCUUUAAUUAUUGAAUAUAUCGCUAUCAGCUGUUUGUUCAUGUUAAGUACAGCUCUGUAUGUGUCCUAUAUGUGCCCGUGGAAUUCAGUAAGCGUUACAGGAUAGCAAAAGUGCUCAAAUUCAGAAAUAUUAAUACUGAAAGGAGAAUGAAACUACAUCUCUUCAUUCUCUUCAUUUACUUCAAAAGACAAGACUACUACAUAUGGGAAAAAGAAUUAACAUAAAAACUGUCAGUUGACCAGCUGAACUGGAACUCGGAUAUUUCUAGUCAUACUAAUAUCUUUUUUUUAUUUCCAGUGUUAGUUUGCGUGCAAGAAUCGCUGGCAAGCUAUUAUCCCCUAAGUGCCAAACAAUGUAAAACUGUCGUGGAAAAGAUUGGAGAAGUUCUCCAGUCGAAAGUUUCUGACUCUUUGUACAAAGGAACGUUCGUCAGUCCAAGGUAAAUAUUUUGUAUUUUAUUUAUUUAGCUCUGAAGACUUUGUAAAGAAUCAGUUUUAUUUCGUAGUUUUUGAAUUUCAAGGUUUCCCUGUGUUGCACAGUAUAAUCGUUAUAGGGUGUAUUAAAUAAUGACUAAACUAAAGUUACUAAACCAACUUUGUCUAUAUACUGGAUAGCUCUAUGCCUCUAUCAGUUCUAAACUGUUCUCAAUAGAGAUCCAGUUAAGUGCAUUAAAAGUACACUAUAUAUACGUUCGUUCAAAAUGAAUAGUUUACCACGAUACAAAAACAUUUUGUUAUUUCAUGGAGCUUUAAAGAAAGAUAUAGUUUUGACUCUAAUUCGUGUUUGUGGUUGAAAUGAACAGUUUUGCUAAUCGUUUUAGUUUAAUUAAACAAUAUGUUUUGUGCAAAUACGCAUGGUAUAUUUUUACAGUACUCGUCGCUACUCGCUAUAGCUUGUACACUCGAUGUUGGCCCGCGUAUCCUGAAUACCAGCAAUGGUGCCAAUGUGCAGCUAUAAGUCGAUUAAACAGCAUUUUAGUGGCAUAAUCUAAAGGAACUCGUCUGAGAGCACAGUAUUAUCAUCAAAACAUUGGUAUGUUAUCUCGACCAUGUUGUUCAACUCUAUCUACAAGUGUUUUUUGGCGUCAAGUUGUCAGCAAAUUUUGCUCGGGUUAGACCAUACAGCGAUCUGUAUCGGUACAGAAUCAGAGCACAAUAGCUGCUGUCAACAUGCGAGAUUUUAUACAAGUUAAAAUAAAGAACUUGUAAAGAAAAGAUACGAAAUUGUCUCAACAUAUAAAUAUGGAAGGCUGAAGUGUGUCUCUCACAAGGGCGAGAAUGAUGAAGUAUUAUGAUUAAAAGGCAUUUCCCAUCCUCGCGUGAGACAUACCUUGCCUUAUGCUACUUAUCACAUUAAGCUCUCGUAUCCGUCAUCGGUUCACGCAAAGCUCUAUAGCAUGCCUGCCUCUUCCGUUUUUUGCGACUUCUUUUAUUACAUUCGUUUUACUCGUGAUUUGCAUAAUAGUUGCAGGAAACAUGAUUCCACUUGUUUAUAUUGGCUUGGAAUAAGUCUUUGUUUGUAAAAAAAGCCUUUGAAAUAGACCUCUGACUCUUUGUGAGAUUGUUGAUUAUUUCCCGAUUAGAUUUGAUCCUUACCAAUUUAGUAGGAUUCCUAAUUCAAGUUGUUUUCAAAUGAAUAGUAUGAUUUUUGACGCAAAUUCAUGUAAACCAGAGAAGCAAUAUAUAUAUAUAGGGAUAAAUUAAUUGUUACCUAUUUCGGCUUAAAAUCAUUAUUAAAGCGGAAUUGCUUUCAUGAUCUUAUCUGAAUACACUGGGAAGUUUUUGUCGCACCGUAAUCUUGGUACUGAAAUAAGGAUCAUAGAUAUGAAUGAACCCUAAAUCACACUUUUCACACAUCAAGUUUGAAUUAUGUAAUGUAGUAUACGAGACGUAUAUAGCAUGUUGCCUUUAAAUGUAGAUAUUAUCUUAAAAUGUUCGCACUCCAUAUAAACGACACGGCUGGCUUUAUUUGCAGCUAAAUUUAGCUUCUUCAUCAACUUUAAUCCUUUGUGUGAAACACUUGGCUCAUUGUGCCUUUGGUUUAAUUAAUUCACACAAAUUGUGCUAUGGCUACCUUUAUUAAAAGUCCUCAUGAAAAGUUCUCAUGAAAAUUGUGUUGAUAAAUUUAUAUUUCUGACAAGAUUUGGUCGUAAUUUGCGGGGCUAUUAAGAAUUGACAAGUUAAUUUAUUGCUUUGUCACUGUCUAUAGUGCUUUCCUGUCAUUCCAAACAUUGAUUGAAUUUGGAUGCAGAUUGAUACAGACAUGCGCAUGACAAAGUAGAAUAAAAUAUUAAAGUGAAUGCAUUUUACAAGCCCUAGAAAACACCUUUGAAACUUAUUUUUACACCAACAUGAAAUUAUGACAAAAUGCAGUUUGCCAACAGGCAGUUGUAAACAGUCUACUUCAUUAUAUUUGUUCUAUUUAUUCCAUUUCUAUCUCAUCCAAUCUAGUCUAUUCUAUUUUAUUCAGUCACGAUAAUGGAUUAACGUACGGCCCGGGGGACGGUCCGUUUACAGUCGUUGAUCAAUACAACUAGUAACCAUUGUGCGUCAUUGAAAACCACUUUCAAUUGAGGAUUUCAUUCUAGUAAAUUCUUCACUACAAGCGCCCGCAGCCCUCGAGCUUCUUGCGAGAAAUACGAACUGGCCUUUAGCCAAUUUUCCACUUCAACCGAAUUGUAACGAAGCCUCAAGCGGCGGGCGAAGCGUAUUUCGUUGUUUCCUGAGCUCUAGAGUGGAACUAAUGACUUGGACACAAAAGGAAAUGCUACGAUACGUUACGAUACGGUCUAAGUGGAAAACUGGCUUUAGGCAUCUUAAAUGAUUUGGUUUCUUGCACUUCACUUGGUGGAAUUAAUAUUAGAAUGUUAGUGUUUGUAAUCCAAGUGAGUAUACAGCUAUUUCAAUUAAGGUUGUCCACGAGCAAAGCGGAAAAGUCGAAUACGAGCGCGAAAGGCCUGACUGGGAAUCGCUAACAAAUUUUAAAAUGUGAAUUUUCAUAGCGAUUCCCAGCAGCCUUUCGCGCUCGUAUUCGACUUUUCCGCUUUGCUCGUGGACAACCUUAAUUGAAAUAGCUGUAUAUACAUUUUAAGACCUGACCAGGAACGACUGCGAAAAAUGCAGCACGAGGUCCUCUGGUAGGAAUUAACCUUUCUCACGCCGCCAUUUUUGGGUGGCAUUUCAGCCGAAGUCUGUGCGAUAAGUCCACAUAACAGCGACUUUUUAUAAUUUUUUGGACGAAUGAUGGUAAAUUUGCUUUGUAAAUGGUUUAGUUUAUUUUGAAAAAUUGCUUUUCACAUUGUUUUAAUUGUCUGCAUUGGAUAAUGAAAAUUUGAUGCCACCCAAAAAAUGGCGGAUAUUCGUCAUCGUGAGAAAGGCUAAUUGAGCUUAUAUUAAAGUAACAAGAUAUGUGACCUCAUUAUAGUUAUUCACCAGUAAUAAGACGAAAGAGAGGCCACUAAUGAGCAAUUUCUAUGUAGGCAAUACGUGUCCUUCUCCAAUCGUCACAUCAAUAUGACUGCAGCCAUUGGCUUCAUUUAUUGCAUAGCGGAUGACCUAUCCAGUGUUAUUGCGAUCAGUGAAUCGUCAUGAGGGGUCCAGUGAACUAUAUACAGUUCAGUGGAGGGGUCCUGUUUUCUACGAUAUCGUGCUACAUACAUAGAUCGUUUUGAUGAAAACGUUCAUAUCUUAAAUACAUCAUCAGGAAAUAGUGUUUAGUGGAUGAAAUAAAACCAAAGUUUAUGUAAAUCAGAUAUCCAAUCUCCUGCCAAUGCUCAUAAUUUCCUUUUUGUUUUCAUAAUGAAUCAUUUACCAGCUGUUUUGGACCACUCAUUGCUCUUACAAUUAUGAUAAACACUUGACAAUCAGCCACUUAACUAGGCUGGUGUUGUAUAAUUUUUUUUUCAGAGAUCAGAGUUCUCGUGAUAUCACGUUUCUAGGAACCGGAGUCUAGAAAAUUGCACUUUAUAUUUUAUAUUUUAUAGCCAGAUGUUUUGAAUACUCAUUGUUCUUCUACAAAUAGAAGACAUUUUAUAUUAACCCACUUAAUUAAAAGGUUAAACUUUUAUACGUGCAUUGGACGUGCUAUUCUCAUUCAAUUAAAUUUUCCAUAUUCAAGUAGGGCAUGUGGAAAGUUUCACAUUAAAAAUCAAUUAGUCAUUGCUCGACUAGGGUGGGUUAUCAGAUACUGUAUUGUUUUGAAGAGGAACGGUGAAAUGUUAGUCAGAUUUUUUUUCACUGAUCAAAAUCUAUUUAUUGCGUGGCUCCCAUUACGGGGUUGAAUAACAUCCACUUAAAGAAAAAUUCAGCCAGCGUGCAGUUUCUAAAUGGGAAAGCCCAUCGGUUUCUAUUUUUGUUGAUUUUUAAUUUUAAAAUGCUAUUUAGGCAAUUUCUCUGAAUUUGGAGUGCCCAGGAAACAGUAGCUUGAACCAUACUUGAACUCGAGGCUGACGAUGUACAACCUCGAACCAUUAUCGAUGUCCUUUUGAACCCAUGCAGAAAUGCUUGAAAGUAAAGCCUGUAUUUCAAGCGUAGCCUAUAUAUCGUGCCGAGACGUGGCAUUUCUGUGUUUCCUAAACACUUAAGCAGAACUAAUGAUAUUGACACAAACAAAACCCGAUAUAGUGGAAGAAGAAAAAAAGUUAAAUUGUAUAAUUGCUCUUUGAUAGCUUUAUUUUUCUUAUACGCUGUUUAUAAUAACCAAGUUUAUCCUUUCCGGACUUCCUUGCAUUGUAGAUCGCUGUGUUUUCUAAGCUCCAAAGCUCAAGAAGCUGGCUAUCGUAUUACACUUGAUCUUUUUGCUAUAUUUGGCGAUUGUCUUUCUUGCUACUUGCGUGCUUGUCAGUUGAAGAGGAUAAAUUGGUUUCGAACAAUCUCUGUUUAAGAGGGUUUUGUCAUCGAUUGAUAUCCAUCAAGAACAAUGAAUUGCAUCAAUUAGUUUUAAAAACUCUAUGUUAGAAUUAUCAAGGGUAAAAAAUAUGUUCCAUAGCAUCAAGCAGCUUUAAUUUCUAAAUUUAUGUAAGGUAAACAAAAUGAUCAACAGCAACGGUAAAAAACCCGGUAAUUCCAAGGCUCAAAAAACAGUUUCAUAUAAGAUCUAAACAACAUUAUCGAUGGUUAUAGAAAAACCUUUUAAUCCCCAUGACAUAAACACAGGUUUAAAUCUGAAAAAAUAAAGGUUUUCUCUUAAUAUCAUUAAUAAGAUUGAUGGGGAAAAUAGCUAGGCUAUAACGUCAUUCGAUAAUCCAUUUCCAGACUCCAGUAGACCCGAAUUUUGUUCCGAGUGCACACAGGAGAUAGGCUUGUAAUUAAUACUCCUCUUUUACGAGAGUUAGUGCAUCCUGAUUAUAAUAUACAUGUUAACGAUUAUUUUGACCAUAUUUUAAGUAUGUGUUAAACACUGGCUAGCACCUUCGCAUUUAUUUCACCAUAGUAACUAUAAGCGGAUUUGCUUCUUCGAGACUUGUGAAAACAAUGUAAAAUUUUCUUGCUCUGUGAUAAAUAUGCUACAUUAAAAACAGGUGGUCAAGAAAAUACAAAACUUCAUUGUUUUACAGAACUACUUAAACGGAAAAGGCGUUCCGAGUGAGUGGUCUUCGUCAGGAGGCUAGGACGAACGAAGCUUUGCAGUCGAAAUGACGAAAAUUUUCCUAAUCUUUUUCAAGUAGUUCAGAUUAGAAACCCCGGCAGCUUAUUAUUGAAUACUACCUAGACUGGACCAGCACGUUUGACUAGAUAUCUUGUUUGGGCAAUUGAGACACAAACCACGGCAACUUGUUGUACUAUACUAUACCAACACUGUACCAUUGUAUUUCACAACAAACUGUCAUCGUUUGUAUCUGAACUACAUGAAAAAGAUUAAAACCUUAUUAGUAUUUUUUUCAAAAUAGUUCCGACACAAAAUACCAUAUUGUUAUUUUAAGCGACCAUUUAACAUUAAAUCCACCGUUUUAGUUGCUAAAUAAUCAUUCCCGAGUACGAAUUAUUCAGUUUAAAUUUUCCAACUAUUUCUUACCAUCUAGAUGUGAAUUACGCCGCAUACAGGACAACGCAAACGGGCUAAAAUCCGCAUUCCUAAUUCGCUCCAUUGAAAUCCAAAACCGGCGAAAAUGGACUGGGAACUACUACUUCUAUCGCGACCAAGACUGCAUGAACCCGACAUACGGCUUGAAAAUGAACGGAAAAGUGAAUUUUAAAAACAAGAACCUUACCUUUAGUAUUUCUUCGUUGAGUUUUGCUAUUUACAACUCGGGUUUUGCGAAAGAAAUCGUGAGCAAAUACAAUAAAUCAUGUCCUGGAGAUCUGACAAUAUCGGAAUCAGAAAACCCUGUUGUAUACAGCACGGAGAAGAAGGACAUCUCGAAUAACGAGUGUCUUAAAGCCCUCGGUGUGGGGAAAAGAGAAUUCGGUGGUGGUGCAUCGUUUGAAACCCUUGAACCUCCCGGGAGAGCUAGGUCGGACGAACUUCUUCAAACCGUUGUGGACUUAACAAAGUAUAAAAACAGCACAAUUUACAGAUACCAAUGGCCUCUUGUCCGGCAUAACAAACGUAGGUGUUUAACCUGUGCAAAAAUUGCGUUAGCUCGCUUUAGAUUCCCUCCUAAACUUUAUGUAAGAAAUUCAACAAGCUUGGACGGUGUUUGGGCCAGUGUCCGUUGCCAGAAGUCAAACCGCGGUUUCUGGACGACAAGAAUCGAUAAAAUUGACGGGAAUAAAUUCGAUCUUGGGUUUUAUCAAAUGGACCAUACACAGACGACGAGCCAGCAUAGAUGCCAGAGUCCUUUGUUGGAAGUUCAUUCGGUCGGAACGGUACGCCGGAUCGGAAAUUCUUUGGAAGUACCCGGAGGUGUGGUGUAUCAGCUCUAUACGGAACACGCUUACCUCACCCCACGUCAUAGACUGUACGAACAAGUACUCAAUGCCGCUGAUAAAGACACUUGUGGGAAAGAUGUAUGGGAGGUGGGCAAAAGACAAGAUGUGAUGUCCACGCGCGGGUGUGCUAGUAUUGGAUACAAGGUUCCUGCGAAAGGUACCGCGAUACAGCUUCUCAUACGCAGCGUGAAUGAUGAAAGUAGCAAAGAAAUGUUCUUGGGUAUCGGGCUCGAUACGAAAUCUGGACCGCUAAGUUAUUUUUAUAUGACUCAAUCUUGUAACACUUAUCCUGUGGAGAUGACCACGACUCCAGGACCCACAGAUACAACUACGUUCCCGACAGAGGCAACCACGACACCAGAAGAAGAACUUAGUACUGUCGAGGAUGGUGAUGAGCCGCAUGUUGUGAUUGAAGCUAUUCAUGCUGAUCCUAGCCCUACAUCUAACGCUGUUUCUUUUGAUAGUGUGGUACGAACAAUCUUAGUUUGCUUGUUCUUCUAUUUGCACGUUAUCUGCCUAGCGUGAUCUCGUACGUACGCGUAUUUAUCCAUCCAUACAUUCCACAAUUUUGAAAACAAUUGAAUAAAUAUGCUAAACAAUAAAUAGAAACAGUUAUUCAGUAAUGACAGCAGAUGAUGAUCAACUUCAAAAGUGUACGAGACAUGUAUUUUGUCAAAAAUGUAGGAGACAUGUAGGUUGCAUGAGAUAUUAACAUUAUUUUUAGGCUAGCUGCGUUUACUGUACCGGAUAGAUUUCCGUGAAAAAGCACCUAUCCUACCUUUUCGGAGGCAUUAUUGCAAAGGAAAGAUGUUGUUUCGCUCAGCUUCUGAAAGUUGUAUAUUCUGUGUGGGAUAGGUGCUUUUUCAUGCCGCUACGAAAAGCUAUCCGGUAUAGUAAACCUAGCCUUAGAGCAUAUCAGCAUAGUCAAUAGAAUAAUAAGGUUAGGGAACUUGAUGAAGACAAAAUAGACCUCAGUACAUAUGUUUUUUGUCUUGGUUUAAAGGGAAAUGGCAAUAUAUUUUUUUAUUUUCUCCUUUGAAAGAACAUUUAAAACCAUAUAUAAAACUCUGUUACCGUUUUUUUCAUAUCUUGCUUACUUCUACAAUUUUUUAAUCGAAAGAAAUGAAAUGUCCGCCAUCUUGCCUUUUUGUGGAUAUGCAUGUUACGUCACAACAGAGGUCACGCAAUAUUUUUAUCUAGACAACCACUAAUCAUUUUGCACUCAAAAUUAUACUCUGUAUGCUGUUGGAAAUAUCAAGAUCACUUGAAACGUUUAAAACAUCUACCAGUCAAUAUUUGGUCAGUAACGAAUACUUUUAUAUGGUUAAUCCCUGUUGUGACGUCACCAAAACUGCCGUUAAUGAGAUCACAAUUUUAUCCAAGAUGGCUGACAUCUCAUUUUUUCAAGUGAAAAUAUUUCAAGAACUAAGCAAGAUAUAAAGAAUCGGUAAAAGAAGUUACUAAAUAGUUUCAAAAGUUCUUUCAAAUGAGAAAAUAAAAAAAUAUAUUGCCAUUUCCCUUUAAUUAAGCAAAAAAUGGUCGGUUCAUCGUCACACGUGUAUUGGUUUUUCGUCCAAGCAACCAAUAGCAGUGUGUUUGUUUAAUUACCCAGUCGUUAUAUUACACAAUGGUUAAAUGAAAACAUAGCUAUAGGUUGAAAACAUGCCUUUUGGUUCAGUGCUUUAGCGAAUACAAUACACAUGUGACGAUGAACCGACCAUUUCUUGUAUAAUUAAACCAAGACAAAGACAUGAGAUAAUGAGGUCUACUUAUGUCUGCAUCGAAGUACCUAACCUUAUUCUAUUGACUGUGGUCAGAGAAUCUAAAAGACAAUUUCAUUCAUCAAAAAUUGUAUGCAGUAGAGUGCAUGUAUCUUAAAGAAUGGAAUCCCAACAAUAUUUGGAAAAACUUCGCCCAUACGCUUAUGUUUAUAGUUGUUUACCGUUUGCUUUCAAAUACAACACUACUACACCGUUAUUUUCUCGCUCUGAUAACUGUAGGUUGACCACCAUCUGCUUUAUGAUAGAGUUGAUAGUGCUUAGUGAACUGGACCACGCAUAAUUGAAAUCAUUUGCGCCGAACAACGCACAAGUUGUAAUAAAGAUCAAUGUAGUAUACAAUGACAAGCAAGCCUCUGGCUUUGUAUAGUCUGUAUUAAGUUAUCGGAUAAGAUGUGUAUAUUGAAAAUAAUAAUUAUUAGAAUAAUGAGCAAAAUAAUUUGUAUGAUUCUCUCAGGGGUGGGACCAUUAGAAAAGUGAUGCCGAGGAAGACAACAAAAUUCAUACAAAGGGGAACGAAAAAAAAUCGUGCAAAAACGGUCCGCCCCUUUUAAAUGUAGACUGAAUAACAUUAAAAUAUAUGUGUUUAUUUAUUAGUUCACAGUAUACUUUGUAUAGUUUAUUUGAAAUAGUAAUAAAAAGCAGAACAUAA